UGGUCUGAAUCGGCCAUGGCAAUUAUGGGGCGGCGGCGCAACGUGAACUGCCUGAAGAACGUGGUGAUCUGGUACGAGGACCACAAGCACCGCUGUCCGUACGAGCCACACCUCACUGAGCUGGACCCCACCUUCGGCCUGUACACUACCGCCGUGUGGCAGUGUGAGGCCGGCCACCGCUACUUCCAAGACCUGCACGCUCCCCUGAAGCCACUCAGCGACUCAGACCCCGACAGCGACACAGUAGGCAGCGGCCUGGCGGCUGGCAGUUCCACGUCCUCCAGCUCCGAUUCCGACCCCGAGGAGCCCGCUGAGGGCCAGCCAGCCACCAGCUCGGUGACAGUGACGCCCAGCAGCCCGGCGGGCAGCAUCGGGCUCAUCACGCAGGAGGGCAUGCACAUCCCCUUUGACGUCCACCACGUGGAGAGCCUGGCCGAGCAGGGCACGCCCCUGUGCCCCAACCCCGCUGGCAGCGGGCCCGAGGCCCUGGAGGCCGUAGUGUGCGUGCCAGUGCCCGUGCAAGUGGGUGCAGGCCCUGGCGCCCUCUUUGAGAAUAUGCCCCAGGAGGCACUAGGCGAAGUGGUGGCCAGCUGCCCUGUGCCAGGCAUGGUGCCCGGCUCACAGGUGAUUAUCAUCGCGGGCCCAGGCUACGAUGCCCUCACUGCUGAGGGCAUUCACCUCAACGUGGCGGCCGGCAGCGGUGCCCCUGGCAGCGGCCUGGGCGAGGAAGUGCCCUGCGCCAUGAUGGAGGGCGUGGCGGCAUAUACCCAGACAGAGCCCGAGGGCGACCAGCCCAACACCACAGGCACGAGCACCACGCCAGUCAUCGAGACCAAGAAAGAGAAGGAGGACCUGUACAUGCUCAAGAAGGAGGAGAAGGAGGAACCGGUGGCCCCGGAGCUGGCCGAGCUGUCGGCUGUGGUGCCCGAGAGCAUGGAGCCAGAGGCAGAGGCUGAUGGGGAGGAGCUUGAUGGCAGCGACAUGUCCACUAUCAUCUAUGAGAUCCCCAAAGAGCCUGAGAAGAGGCGGCGGAGCAAACGCUCCAGAGUGACGGACGCUGACGGCCUGCUGGAGAUGUUCCACUGUCCCUACGAGGGCUGCAGCCAGGUCUACGUGGCCCUCAGCAGCUUCCAGAACCACGUCAACCUUGUACACCGGAAAGGAAAGACCAAAGUGUGCCCCCAUCCAGGCUGCGGCAAGAAGUUCUACUUGUCCAACCACCUGCGGCGGCACAUGAUCAUCCACUCAGGUGUCCGGGAAUUCACCUGCGAGACCUGCGGCAAGUCCUUUAAGAGAAAGAACCACCUGGAAGUCCACCGACGCACGCACACAGGGGAGACGCCUCUGCAGUGUGAGAUCUGCGGCUACCAGUGCCGGCAGCGCGCCUCGCUCAACUGGCACAUGAAGAAGCACACGGCGGAGGUGCAGUACAACUUCACGUGCGAGCGCUGCGGGAAGCGCUUCGAGAAGCUGGACAGCGUCAAGUUCCACACGCUCAAAAGCCACCCGGACCACAAACCCACCUGAGCCACCCGACCACUGACCCUUCCUAUUUAUUUGUCCUUUUGGAUACCUCACCCGGGCCUAUGGGGCGGGGUGGGGUAGGGGGGCUUCGAGACCGCGGGCCGGAAGGAGGCGCCCCGCCCCACCCUGCCCCGCCCCAGGCUGGGCCACCUGGGCAGGUCCCCCUUCCCCACCCCCUCGCACCUCUGGAGCUGGCGCCUGGAGCGGCACGGCUGGAACUGUGUCCAGAGAGAAGUGAGAUUAAAGAGUGAGAAGGGAUA